GUUAUUUUCGGCGGAGACAAGCGACAGCCGGAAAUACGUCUGCGUUCGCAGGCUAUGCGUGGGCAGGUGAGAAACAGAACCACAAAGGUCACGUGACAUACACCCUGGUAUGAAAUUGUCUUACAUGUUUUAUUUUUGAAAGUGAAAAUGAGAAAUUGGGGGGAAAACAUUGAACUGAGAUAGUAAUAAUUAACUCCCGCAACAGUGGAAUUUCAACUCUGUUCUGCUCUGCUUUCUGCUCUGUUUACGUAAGGGCUGGUGUGGAUUUUACUCUGUCCGCUGAUUGGCUGUAACGACUUUGGUCUGUAAUAAUUUAUGCAGUCUUAAGGAAAUUAAUUCUUCGAUAUCUCGAAAUUAACUGUGACUUCUCGGUUUCUGUGCGUUUAAAUUUUGAUUUGAAUAGGCGAAAUUAGGGAAAGAAAUUGCGUUGUCACCAAGUGUAGUUAUCAAACUAAGGCCUGUUUGGAAAAAGAAACGAAUACCUGGUCUUACUGAAGGCGGAGGAAACAGAUUUGUGAAAAAUCAAAGCCGAAUAUGUAAUGAGGGAUAAUUCAUGAAUCAUGGCGGAUUGGGUUGAAUUUUUCGCGAGACAAACACCUCCUGGAAACUUGAAAGAAGUCAGAGCUACUGUUAGUGAAUUUGCAGGAACUCAACGGGCAGCUGGAAGAGACAUUGUCUUUGUGACGUCUGGAGGCACCCGUGUUCCACUGGAGGAAAAUGCUGUUCGUUUCAUUGACAAUUUCAGCAUUGGAACAAGAGGAUCUGCUUCAGCUGAAUAUUUUCUUCAGCAGGGCUAUGCAGUGAUAUUUCUACACAGGCAAGGGUCUUUAUGUCCCUUCACUCGCCAUGUUCCUUCUCAAGAUGUUAUGGAACUGUUGCAAGUCAAGAACUUGCCUGAUGGAUCAAGCCAGAUUGAAGUUAACCCUUGUAAAGUACCAAAACUAACACAAGUACUCAAGAUGCAUAGGCAGGUACAACUUGCUGGGACAUUACUUAUGAUUGAGUUUAGUACUCUGACUGAGUACUUGUUCCUUCUGAGGGGUGUGGCAGAGUCUCUUGCACCUCAUGGACCCACAGUCAUGUUGUACUUGGCAGCUGCUGUCUCUGAUUUCUACAUUCCUCCUCAAGAUUUGCCGAAACACAAAAUUCAAUCAAAUGCUCCACUGCAGCUUCACUUGGUACAGUGCCCCAAAAUGAUGGCUCCUUUAGUGAAAGAAUGGAUACCACAAGCAUUUACUGUUUCAUUUAAGUUGGAGACAGAUAUGAACAUAAUCUCCAAGAAAGCAAGACAAGCUUUAGCCAAGUACUCACAUCAGGUAGUGGUAUCCAACAUCCUACAAACUCGUAAGAAGACUGUUGUUAUGAUCACACCAUCUCAAGAGACAGCCAUAUGGAUGUCAGAUUCCGAGCUGGAGGCUGGGCGUGAAAUUGAGGAAAAGAUUGUUGCUGAUCUUAAAAAAAUGCAUCAACAGUUUAUAGCUACCUCAGUGAUGCAAGGAAACACAAGGUCUGUCAUUGUUUCGGAUCAACUUUGUCAAAAUACCAACCAGAUUCAGUCCAGUGUUCAAAUGGGGCACUUUAUUACCAGCCAGAUACAAGCUCUUCCAGCUUCUCAAACUGGAGAGGGUGUCAUUUCAGGGUUCUCCACUUACACCAUUCCAGCUGCUUCACUUGGCCUCCCUCCAUCAGUAGUGCCACAUAUCCAGGUGGGAAAGAGUGAUGAGCCAUCUCCAUCACAAGAGAUGAGCCAAAGCACUGUGUCAGAGAGCUCAGAGUCCCCAAAUUCUUCUGCACAGAUUUUUGGCACCUUGUCAGAUACUUGUUUAACAACAGAUAUGAAAGCUUUCAUCGAGUCCUUCAGAGCAAGACGGAUUGCUCUGGGAUACACCCAGGAAGAUGUGGGUAAUGAGCUGUCACACAGCAAUGGACAUUCCUCUUACAGCCAGUCAUUUAUAUCUCGAUUUGAGUCAAAAAAUCUUGGGCUUAAGGCAGCAGAGAAAAUGAAGCCAGUUUUGCAAGCAUGGAUUGAACAGAAAGAACAAGAGUGCGCCAAAGGAUUACGAAUGUGCAAAAAACGUAAAAGAAGAACUUCCUUCUCAAAUGAAACUCUUCAGUAUUUAAUUCACACUUUUGAGCAGAAUCCAAAGCCUACCACUGCAGAAAUUAAUGAACUUUCUACAAAAUUAGGACUUGAACCCGUCACUGUGAGAGUUUGGUUCUGUAACCGAAAACAAAUGAUGAAACGAAUGGCAUCUGGAAAGAGCCGCCAAAACAUCUCAUUAAAGGCAGAACUUGAUGCCAAGAAACAGGAGGAUCCAAGUGAAGAAAAAGAGCCAGCUAAGCUGGAUUUUACCAACAUGCCAGUUGGUCAGUUCUCAUUCACAGAAGAUCGUGUGAAAGCCCUUGUUUGUUUAACAUCAGAGGGAAGUCCAGUGAAAAGUUCACGCCCUGCAGUAGCCACUGCUGCUGUAAGCUUUGCCCAGGUGCAUGAUGAUAGCAUUGUUCACUCAGUCCCUCAAGGUCAAAACAGGCCACAAGAAAACACACAGCUUGUUGAGCCUGGAUUGAUGAGAAAUGGAGUAGCUACUUAUGAGGCAGUAUCCAAUGUACCAUUGACUGAAUCACAGAGUUGAAUAAGAGGCUCAAUAUACGCUUGAAUCUCAACAGAGUGGAACCUGUGCAUGGAGCUGCUCUAUUCAUUGUUGAAAAUGCUGCUGGAUAACAAAUUUUCCACUGUCUUUGAUUCAUAACAAAUAUGUCACCUAAAGUUUUACAUGCCUGUUUAUGCAUCUGUAGUUAAUAAAUCAACUGAGCAAUUUAACCUGUUUGGUACAAAAGCUCAACCAAAGUUUAAAAAAAUCAUACUCCAACCUUGUUCUCAGGGUUUAUUCUCCUAAGGUGAUCGGUGACACUUGUUGUGAAUCUUAUAAGAGCAAGAAAAUUCAAGUACUACUCUUUCCAGUAGGCCAGAACAUCCAUGAUUUGUUUGCCUCACUACAAGACUGCAAUCGCAUGUCAAACAUGUUAUUAUGCUUAAUACAGUGCAAUUGACACAGUGUGUUUGACUUGCGCUUGUGUUAGACAGUACAUUAGUCUGUUCAACCUAAUGUAAGUAUCUCUAAUCACAUCGAAAGUCAAGCUGUCAUGAAUUUUUAUAUGUGAAAGACUUGUGGUCUUGUCACUGGAAACAACUUAGAUAUAGCAGAUGCAAUGGUCUACCGGAAGCAUAGUGCAAUAAGUCAAAAGACCACUUCUGUGUUGCCUUUUGUCUCUGUUUUAAUUGGAUCCUAGUGCAAGACCUUUUUUGUAAAAUGUUAAUUUAAGAUUUUGCACCUGAACUCCCUUUGAAACAGAGGCAAAGGGAAACUUGACAAUGGCCUCUAUUUUUCAUUGAGGAUAUACAGUGGAAUACAGAUUUAUCAAAUCCUUGAUUUUUUUAAUCUCCUGAUAAUGCGAACCCAAAGUAAUUUCCCUCCCCUCAAACAAUGUAAUAUGACCCUAGAUUUCUCAAGCUACUCAAUCUUUCAAUCCAAUUUUCGUUUCCCAUGGAGGUUCAAAAAAUCAGGAUUCCACUGUAUCUUCAAAGUUGAAAAGUAAGGGGUUCAUAAGUUCCCUUCAAGAGUUCAACCAGACGUGAGUGGUUUAAGGUAUAUUAAUUUUGCUAACAUUGUAAUAGAUACCAAUAGAUAGAUAUGAAACGAAAAACGAGAACUGCAAUAAUGGUCCCGGAAACAUAGCCGUUUUAGAUCUUGUAAAGAUAAUUUUUAGACUAACAUGGUCUGAACUCUAAAGAGUUCCUAAGCUUAUAAGGUGUAGUGUAUUCAUUGUUAUUGCAGACAGCAUUCAUUUGCCCCCGUAAAAUACGUUUGCAACAGUAAUUAUAAUUUCUACAGCCCAAUUCCUUGAGAGGAAAAGUACAAAAUUAUACAGCAGCAGCAGCAGACUUUGGCAGCUCAACAUUAGCAUAAACUGCCUCACAGCCAUGCUUUGAUAGCACAGCUGACAAAUCAGAGACAUUGUACUGGCUACAAAAAGUAAUUGGAAUUAUUUGUAUUUGAAACUAAUACAAAUUGUAGUUGAAAUCUGAACAGAAAGAUAAAGAUAAGUGCUGGAAGCUUAUUUUGAUGUUGCCUUAACAGUAGCCUGGGUAUAUUAUAAAACAAAAACUUGUGUGACUUAUUUUUUAAACUCUGAUCUGUUUGUUACAGUUAGUUGCAUAUUUUCUGGAUGAGAUUUGCUCACUAAGGUUUUAGUUAAAGCAACAAUAUCUUCAUAUUGAAAUUCUAUGUCCUUGCCAAGUAAUUCAUAAAACAGGGACAGCCGAGACUACAAGUAUUCUAAGCAAAGAUUAUAAAUAUGAAUCUUUAUUAGCCUUUUUAGGCAAAUAUUUACCAUACAAGGUAAAUUUUUACAGCUCUACAUUGCUAAUAGCUGAUUGUUUGAAGUACAUUGGUGUCUCGUCCAUUUGCCUUCUUAGGCCAAUACUGGUGUAAUUUGCUUGACAAUGCAUGGUUUUGCAACUGGCUAGAAGAGCUUACCGUGAAAUAAAGCUUUUUAACUCAGCUGAUCCAAAAUUAUCUCAAGUUAUUCUUUUUGUUUAUCAGAGAUGUUUGAAAUUUGUUUAAGUAGCUAUCUGUAUCUUAAGGCGAAGCAUAAAAUAAAACGGUUGGGUGAUGUAUC